CCUAGACACUAGUGUGAUUGGAGGAACUGUGCAAUCACUUAAGAUGUUCAGUGAAAUGAGAAAGUGAAACUAAACCAGGAAUCUUCUCCGUGUGAUCGGAGCAGUCCACGUUGAAGUUAAGCAUCCAUGCUCUUCAAAGAUGAAGUUCAUUUGUUUGACCCUCCUGAUUAUUAGUGGAAUUACUGAUUCAAGAACAGAGCAGUAUGAAGUAGUUGGUCCUGCAGAUGCUGUUGCUGUAGCUGGUGAAGAUGUGAUUCUGCCCUGUUCAGUCAAACCCAGCAUCAGUGUUGAGGACAUGAGAGUGGAGUGGUUUAGAUCUGACCUGAAAGACUCACAACUAGUGCAUCUCUAUGAGGAUCAUGAAGACAGAAACACAGAGCAGAUUGUAUCCUACAGAGGGAGAACAGAACUGAAUCAUCAAGAACUACAGAGAGGAGAUGCAUCACUCAAACUCUCAUCAGUCCGAGUCUCUGAUGAAGGACGUUACAAGUGUUUUAUUCAGUCCAAAUCCUGGAACGAUGAUGCAACUGUUAAUGUCAGAGUUGAAGUUGUAGGAACUCCCCCGGUGAUCACUGUAGAUGGGUUUGAUCAUUCAGGAGGACUUCAUCUACAGUGUGACUCUGAAGGGUGGUAUCCUGAACCUGUUCUUGAGUGGCUGAACAGAGAAGGAGUCAGUUUGAGUUCAGACACUAGAGUGACACACAGAAACCCAAAAGGAUUCAGUGUGAAACACACCAUCACUGUACGUCACAGAGACGACAAGAUUCACUGCAGAGUCAGACUGAGACAUCACAUGCUGGAGACACAGAUUAUCACCACAAGUAAAAGGUUUAGUUCUUGGAGGACAUCAAUCAUCCUGAUUUCAGUAGCUGUUGUGCUCAGUGUGAUUGCUGGAAUACUGAUAGCUGUGUUUGCUCAGAAAAACAGAGGACACAAAGAACUACUAAAGAGAAGAAAAGAAUACAAAAUGAACUUGAUCAACUAGUGAAUCAGAAGAGAAUACUACAAAAUGCCCACAAUCAACUACAUAACGAGAAAGAGUAAACUGCAGAAUGCACACAAGCAAGUACAAAAUGAGAAGAGAAGAAUCCAAGAGGAACGUGAUCAACUUUUACAAAGUCAGAAGAUGAUUAUACCAAAAGUGAUCACGCAUUUAAAA